GAGUUGGCAGUGCUUUCUAUGCAUUUCUCUGUUUCGUGUUUAUGUUUCUAAUUGUUAAGAGAAAUGAGUAUUAACUGGAUUAAAAUAACCGAGCGCGCACGCGAAGGAAUCAAAAUCAUCAAUGCUCUGCCCUAUGAUACGUUUACCACAGUUUUGCUCUACGUCCACCGCCAGAUGAGUCCGGGGAGCUCUGCUGCAGUUGCCUCUGCUGCCUCGGCCGCUGGCGUAGCGAAUGCAGCCAACAGCUCGGGCAAUGCCGCAGGCAGCACGACAGUGGGAACCAGUGUCACAACCACCGAGCGUACCGGCAGCAGCAUUGAGACGAGCCACACGAGCAGCGAGCCCGAAUAUACACUGGAGGAGCUGGAGCGUUUGGUGGGCGUACCCCGGGCAGACUUUUUACUGUUGAUCAAGACUUUCUCGUAUAUUUUGCGACGAAUUUCGACGUUUAUCAUCAAGCCCAGCCAUUUGCAGCGCGAGCUGCGUGAGAAACUCCAACUGCAGGACGAAGCCAAAAUCGAUGCUAUUCUGCGGCUAUGGGUGAGGCAGACGACGCCAAUGCUCAAUAAUUUGGCCAGCGACCGGUACGAGUCGAAUGUGAUUGAAGAUAUGGCAUGGAAGCUGAAUGUGGAGAUUGCCUCGCAUUGCCAGCAGCGCGAGAAGACAGCGCUGGCCGUACUCCAGUUGAAGACGGUCGCCGGCGAGGAUAUUAAUUUUGAGAUGACACAGCCAGAGCUGCUGCAGCUGUUCAAUCAGUUUGAGCACAUUCAAUCGGAGUUGGAUGCCACCUUGGCCAAUAUGAAAGGCAACGAGGGCGAGCACUGAACGAACUGCAUUCGACCCAUAUUUAUGCAAUAUUCCCCAAAUAUUAGCGCAGGCUGUUUGUAAGACUUAUGUAUAUAUUAAAUUGUUAAAUUUGUUUAUUUUUU